AUGAAUAUCCGCCAGCAGCUAGCCCAAUUCUUAUCAUUGGCAUAUGUUUUCUCAUCAGCAUUUAUGUUGUGGAAAACUAUAUCGGUCAUUGCCAACCUGCAUUCACCAAUAGUUGUUGUGUUAUCAGGGUCAAUGGAGCCUGCAUUUCAAAGAGGAGAUAUACUAUUUUUAUGGAAUAGAGACGAGAAACAAAAAGUUGGAGAUAUUGUAGUUUACGAGAUCGAGGGCAAAAGCAUACCCAUUGUACAUCGUGUGUUGAGGGAACAUCAUAAUCUAGAAAAGCAGUUGUUGUUGACAAAAGGUGAUAAUAAUGCUGUUGAUGAUUUGUCAUUGUACAGUAAGAAGCAAAGUUAUCUUAACCGAAAAAACGACUUGGUGGGAACUGUUAAGGGAUACUUGCCAUUUAUCGGAUAUAUUACUAUUUUAAUUAGUGAAAAUGUUUAUUUCAAGUUUGGUCUUUUGGGUUUACUAGGACUUUCAUCGUUGAUAAGCAAUGAAUAG